AUGCCGAUUUUCCAGGAUCCAGAUCGCCAGGACAGUCGUUUCUGUCCGCCGCGGCUUCAGGAUCACAGCCAUUGCGGGAGACAAACACCGGUUGAUAGGCAAGCUGAUGGCCCGCGAGAUGUAUCUAUGAAUGAUAUCACUUCCCAGGGGUCGAAUAUGGACGCACAGAACCGCCCAACUCUGCACACAAGCAGUCGAGAAGAACUUAUCCAGAGCAUCAAGCGAGGCGAAAGUCCUACAUGGAUUCCUAAUCGCUCACUGGAGCAAUAUUUCGCCAUCCAUGGAGAUGCUCCUCAAACCAGAUUUGAAGAACUGCAAAAAAGGGAGAGACAGUCUGCCUCACCUCCCGAUGAGGAGAUAUUGGAGCCUCCACAGCGGCGACCUAGCAGUGAAGACCGAAGCGGGUUGUUUCCGGACCCUCCUGUAGAGAUUGAACGGCCAAGAUCAGCUUUACAUUCUGGUGAUUUCCGUGAGGGCUCUCCAGAUAGCCCACAGAAAUCACAGAACGGCCGCUACGAUGGACAAUCCGGCUAUCACAUAUUAUCCACGUCGCCUCCGGCUCCUUGGUACUCAGAAGAGUCACAAUCACACUUUGAACCGUGCUCAUUUGGAAACCAGCCGUCAUCACCGGGUUCUACGCCAGCCAUGUCAUUCUCUGGCCGACUACGAGGCCCUUCAUUUGGCUCUUUUUCUGCAAACUAUGUCCUUAAACCACCUACGAGCCCCUUGGUGUACCAAGCUAGGAACCCUGACCUCGACCUGCCUCACAAUUUCGACCCCCUCGACCUCUCUUCAUGUUUUAAAAGAACAAAUCGUCGACAGACCCUACCGCCAGAAGCUUUUCAUGCGUCACCGCGGACUUGCAGUUGGGAUCGUAGUGGUGGGACUCCGUCCAGUUUCAACCGUGAAGGCCUAUCUUCCUAUCAGGGGCACCGCCCACGAAGGUCCUUAACUUCCGGGUUUACAUUGCAACCAGCAUCUUCUCCCCAAAAUACGUUUUUACCUCGUGCUAGACGACCUUCCCACUCGUCAGAGACAGGCCCGUUGUACCACGCUUCUAUGGUUGGUUCCUUCGAAGAGUCAAUUCUUCGCGGCAGAAUGUCUAUGUCCCCAUCAAGACCACUGGAUUUCACAGCCCAAGUUGGAGUAUUGGGGAGAGGCCAGUGCAAAGCCAAUUUGAAAUGCCCCCCACAUGUGACUGUCUCGUUUCCGGCAGUCUUCUACAGCUAUCCUACAUCAGGAAGUGGGAGGACGAUUUCAGACGAUAGUCCUAGUCCGUAUGUUGGGUACAUAGAUGUUGAAAACUCUUUCCCAAGUGAAGUUCGACCACCUAGGAAGAGCCCUCAACAGAUCACAAUACCCCCGAAGUGUCCUUGUCCGCACAAUGCGAAUGAGGAGCGCGUCUUAAAAUUGCCUAGUACGCCUCAACAAGAACGACGGAUCAGGGACAAGAGGUCGCGACGGCAGUCGCAGUCUUCAAGAUGGCCUCCAGGUGGCUGCUACCGGAUCCCACAACAAGGCCAAUUACAGAUUGUAAUAAAGAACCCCAACAAAACAGCUGUGAAGCUUUUCCUUGUCCCUUAUGACCUUGAAGGGAUGGAGCCAGGGACGAAGACUUUUGUACGGCAGAGAAGCUAUUCUGUCGGCCCUAUAGCAGAUAGUUCACUGUCCCCCGGGGUCAAUAACGGUUCCAUGGACUCUCAUGACAACAUGAGCGAGAAAUCGAUACUCAGGUACCUUGUUCACUUUAACAUCUGCUGCCCGUCGAAAGAUCGCUACUACCUUUAUUCUGGAAUUCGCGUCGUAUUCGCGAACAGAGUUCCAGACGGCAAGGAGAAGUUACGGAAUGAAGUUCACUAUCCUGAACCCCGAUAUAGCCCUUAUAAGCCAACCAGGGAUCCUGCUACCAGCGGAUCGAAGCCAGAGAACGCAUUAAAGAGACGAAGUGGCGGGUUUGGAUUUGGGUUUCGAGGGCCCUUGGACCUAGGAGAAUUUGUCCCUGCGGAAGCAAAGCAGUUUGGAUUUCCGACCCAGCAACCAUUCGCAACACGACAUCAAGCCCUGCCGAUCUUUCCUGCCAGAAAUGAUACCGGGGACAUGGGCGAGAUGGGGAUGGAACUUGAUCCCGAAUAUAUCUCACAAGACGAGGCUGUCCCCGAACCAAUCCAGCCUUUGGCAAAUAUGAUAUUUCCACAAAGCCAGCAACUUGCGCUGCAGCCGCUGACCAACAUACCUGGCUCGGCGUCAGAAGAGGAAAUAUAUAACAAACUCAACAAAGGUGAUGCAGGCUACGGCGGAUAUACACCCCCUACAACGGGCUCCAGCGGCUCUGAGAGCUUGUUGGCGCAAAGGCUUCGCAAUUUGAAGGAGACGAAGCCAAGUCUCGAGGGCCGAAAAGGCGAUUGA